ACAGGACAGAGUGGCAGAGCCUGAGCACCUCCUGGGACAGCUCAGGGCAGUGGAGGCAGGUGGGAUGGCGCCCCUCUCCACCCCCGUGGUCUCCUGCCUGGGGCUUCUCAUCCUGUCUUCUUGUUUGCUCGCCGACUGCAGGUUCAUCCCAGAGGCCUGGUCAGCCUGCACGGUUACCUGUGGCGUGGGGACCCAGGUGCGAAUAGUCAGGUGCCAGGUGCUCCUGUCUUUCUCUCAGUCCGUGGCUGACCUGCCUGCUGAUGAGUGUGAAGGGCCCAAGCCAGCAUCCCAGCGCACCUGUUAUGCAGGACCGUGCAACGGGGAGAUUCCUGAGUUUAACCCAGAUGAGGCAGCUGGGCUCUUCGGUGGCCUGCAGGAUCUGGACGAGCUGUAUGACUGGGAGUAUGAGGGGUUCACCAAGUGCUCCGAGUCAUGUGGAGGAGGUGUCCAGGAGGCUGUGGUGAGCUGCCUGAAUAAACAGACCCGGGAGCCUGCUGAUGAGAACCUGUGCGUGACCAGCCGCCGGCCCCCACAGCUCCUGAAAUCCUGCAAUUUGGAUCCCUGCCCGGCAAGGUGGGAAAUCGGCAAGUGGAGUCCAUGUAGUCUCACCUGUGGGGUUGGCCUGCAGACCAGAGACGUCUUCUGCUCCCAUCUGCUAUCCAGAGAGAUGAAUGAAACGGUAAUCCUGGCUGAUGAGCUGUGUCACCAGCCCAAGCCAAGCACGGUGCAAGCUUGUAACCGCUUCAAUUGCCCCCCAGCCUGGUACCCUGCACAAUGGCAGCCGUGUUCCAGGACCUGUGGAGGGGGCAUUCAGAAACGUGAAGUUCUCUGCAAGCAGCGCAUGGCUGAUGGCAGCUUUCUGGAGCUUCCUGAGACCUUCUGUUCAGCCUUGAAACUGGUCACCCAGCAAGCCUGCAAGAAAGAUGACUGCCCCAGUGAGUGGCUUCUCUCAGACUGGACAGAGUGUUCCACUAGCUGCGGAGAGGGCACCCAGACUCGGAGUGCCAUUUGCCGGAAGGUGCUGAAAACCGGGGUCUCAACUAUCGUCAAUUCCAGUCUGUGCCCACCCCUGCCUUUCUCGUCCUCCAUCAGACCCUGUAUGCUGGCACCCUGUGCAAGGCCGGGGCGGCCGUCCCCCAAGGCCAGCCCGCACAUCGCGGCGGCGCGGAAGGUGUACGUCCAGACGCGCAGGCAGAGGAGGCUGCACUUCGUGGUGGGCGGCUUCGCCUACCUGCUGCCCAAGACGGCCGUGGUGCUGCGCUGCCCCACGCGCCGGGUCCGCAAGCCGCUCAUCACCUGGGAGAAGGACGGCCAGCACCUGGUCAGCUCCGCGCACGUCACCGUGGCUCCGCUCGGCUACCUGAAGAUCCACCGCCUGCAGCCCUCGGAUGCGGGCAUCUACACCUGCUCGGCCGGGCCCGCCCGGGAGCAGUUCGUGAUUAAGCUCAUCGGGGCCAACAGCAAGCUGGUGGCCCGGCCCUUGAGCCUGCACGGCGACGACGAGGCCCUCCCGGGGAGGAAGGCCAGCCCGAAGGAGGCCCUGCAGACCCACAAACACCACAACGGCAUCUCCGCCAACGGCAGCAAGGCCGAGAAGCGGGGCCUCGCCGCCGACCCGGGGAGCCGCUACGACGACAUCGUCGCCCGGCUGCUGGAGCAGGGGGGCUGGCCCGGGGAGCUCCUGGCCUCCAGGGAGGUGCAGGACUCCACGGAAAGGAACACGUCCUCGGAGGAGGAUGCGAACGCGGAGCAGGCCCUUCUGCACCUGCCCUUCACCAUGGUGACCGAGCAGAAGCGCCUGGACGACAUCCUCAGGAACCUGUCCCAGCAGCCUGAGGAGCUGCGCGACCUCUACGGCAAGCACCUGGUGGCCCAGCUGGCCCAGGAGAUCUUCCGCAGCCACAUGGAGCACCGGGACAUGUUCCUGAAGCCCUCGGAGCAGAGGGGUCCCCCCGUGGCCAUCCCGCCUCACAAACACGUGUCUGGCUUCAGCAGCUCCCUCAGGGCCUCAUCCUCGGCCGAGGCGGGGGGCGGCCCUCGCCGGCCACACCGCAAGCCCACCAUCCUGCGGAAGAUCUCCGCGGCCCAGCAGCUCUCGGCCUCGGAGGUGGUCACCCACCUCGGACAGACCGUGGCCCUGGCCAGCGGGACGCUGAGUGUGCUUCUGCACUGCGAGGCCAUAGGCAACCCAAGACCUACCAUCAGCUGGGCCAGGAAUGGAGAAGAGGUUCAGUUCGGCGACAGGAUUAUUCUCCAGCCAGAUGAUUCCUUACAGAUCUUGGCACCAGUGGAAGCGGAUGUGGGUUUCUACACUUGCAAUGCCACAAAUGCUUUGGGAUAUGACUCUGUCUCCAUUGCUGUCACCUUAGCAG